UAUACGUCCCUGCACUAUAGCUAGCUCACAGUAGAGAGCAACGGCGGAGAUGACCACGGCGAGGUACACCGUCCGUUUCAGCUCCGCCCUGAUCGACACCACGGUCACCAGCGACGCCGCGGCGGCCGACGAGUGGGCCCGCAGCGUCCGCGCCUCCAACCCUUCCGGCAGUGGCAUCCUCGUGGGCCUCGACUGCGAGUGGAAGCCCUGCGACCACUUGCCGGUGCCCUCCAAGGUGGCCAUCCUCCAGCUCUGCGUCGGCACCAGCUGCCUCAUCCUCCAGAUGUUCUACGUCGACCGCGUGCCGGCGGGCAUCAGGAGCUUCCUCGGCGACCCCACGGUGCGCUGCGUCGGCAUCGGCGUCGGCGAGGACUGCGGGAAGCUGGCCGUCGACUACGGGAUCGUCUGCGCGGCGCCGGUGGACCUCGAGGACCGCUGCAACCAGCACCUAGGCAUCCGCAGCCUUUUCAGGAACAGGCUGGGACUCAAGGGCUACACCAGGGAGAUACUUGGCCUGACCAUGGCGAAGCCGCGGCAUGUCACCAUGAGCAACUGGGAGACGCGCGACCUCAGCGUGGCGCAGGUCGUGUACGCUUGCAUCGACGCCUACGUGUCCUACAAGCUGGGCGAGCGUCUCCUGGACAACUGAUGGGGCUGUGUUAAUUGAUCUUGCUUGCUCGCGGCAUACUAUGGCAUGCUAGUAAUAAUAAUUGUGUGGUGCUUUGCUGUUCCGUAGCUGGG